AUGGCUUGCACAGCGUGCAUGCAGAGACUCGCGUUCGCCGUCCCUCUCAUCCUUGCCACGCCCGUCUCAAUAAUUCUGUUGUUGAUACCACGGUCAUGUGACUUUCUCAUCUCAACCAGAGACCAAGGAUUUGUCUGCAAAGCUGAAGGGACCACUUUUUCGCUGAUUAUAGCUGCAGCGGUGUGUCUGAUAGUUUAUCAGUUCACAACUGUGGGCUGGUACCAUCUAAAGACGCAGACUAUCGUCAUGCAGAAGGAACGAAAGCUGUUUUGGGUGCCGACGUACAAUGCCGUUUUGCUGGAACAAUGGUUGGUACUGGUAAGGAGAAGCAACUGCAACAACGAGGAUUCACAACAGAGUGACAACCCAAAGGUUAUUAUGUGCACAACCAUGUUUAGGGAGGCUGAGCAUGAAAUGAGGCAGCUACUUGAGUCCAUACAGAGUAUCCGCACAGCGCAGAAUAACGGCGGGGUACCAUUUGAAUUCCAUAUAUUAUUUGACGAAGCCGUGCAGGAAUCAAGGCCGACUGACUUUGUACUACAUCUAAUUAUACUUAUCGAAUUAACACUGGGUGAGAAAAUAUCAUAA